AUGACAGAUACCUCCUUGCUCGCAACAACGCCUUCGACCGGAGACCCGUUCCCGGUCGCCGCCCCUCCGCUCUCCCCGGUGCCCAACAGUGCCGUUUCGGAUCCCGUCCCGGCCGAUGAAGAAGAAGAGCCCUACACCAUCAAAUGCAUCUGUGCCUUUGAGGAUGAUGACGGGAACACUGUCUUCUGCGAAAAGUGCGAGACAUGGCAGCACAUUGAGUGCUACUACCAUGGAAAACAGGUGCCAGACGUGCAUUUCUGCAUCGACUGCUCCCCUUCACCUCGCUACAUGGACGGAAAACGCGCCACAGAACGACAACGGCGAUUACGAGAGCAGGGCGACGGCGGCGACCGAAAGGUCAAGCGACCUGCGGCCAAGGCUCAAAAGAAGAAACUCGUCAAAGAGCACGACCAGGUCAAUGGCCACGUUCGAAGUGAUUCCAGUUCUCGGGACCAACCCAACCUUGCAAAGCGCGCCAAGUCUAGCCACAAGCCAUCCGCGUCGAUGACUUCCUUCUCGAAUCCGCCCAAAUUGACUGUAGAACCACGGAAGCGGUCCGGUUCAGCCGUCACGGCGAUGAGCCCGACCAAGUCGUCCGGUCCGCUCAUUCCUCUCUACUCAACCGAAUUCCUCCAUCUAUACGACAAUGACCAAGGCCAUGUAAACAUGGACAGCAAUCUAGUCGUCAGCCUGCAGCUGUUAUCCGACAUGGGCUCGUGGCUCAAGGAUCCCUCUUCUCUCCCUCGCGCAGCUGCUGGGCGCUCCUCACAAGAUACUUUUACUUACGCCGACGCUCUAGAUUCCUCGCAGUGGCCCGACCUCUCUAUUAAAACCAUGUUUGACGACGAUCUCGAGGUUGACGGUAUUCGGCCAAAGUGGAAAGGCGUCAAAACUGGAGGCACUGUUCACAAGGAUCAAAUUGUUGGCGAAAUCAAGGGCAAGGUUGGGCAGUUGCGCGACUAUUGUCUUGAUCCAAGUAAUCAGUGGCCAGAGCUCAGACAUCCCCAACCUUUUGUGUUCUUCCACCCCCAGCUUCCUAUUUAUAUCGACACUCGCGAGGAAGGCUCCAUCCUUCGAUACGUUCGCCGUUCGUGUCGCCCCAACGUGACGAUGAAAACAAUGAUUACCAACGAGAUCGAAUAUCAUUUCUGUUUUGUUGCUAACCAGGAAAUUGCUGCUGGUUCUGAAAUCACCGCCAUGUGGUAUCUAGAUCCGCAACUGUUUGGCUCGAACAAUCUGGGUAAACAGGAAUCAGGGGAUAACGAUCAAGAAGAGGCUAGAGCUAUCGCUAUGAGCAACGUGCUUGCUCAUUUUGGUGGCUGUUCUUGCAAUCAGUCACAGCCGUGCCUCUUGGCCGCUGUAGAUCGCCGUCGCCACCCGAGCUCCAAACAAGUGAAUGGCAAGCGCAAAAAGACGAAACCCGCCAAGUCAACAGUAUCACCCAGUGCUGCUCGGUCCAACACCAGUCGGGCAGGUAGUGAGGCUGCCAUUGAUGAUGAAACUGGCGACAACCGCUCGACAUCGGGCUCUGCCCGCGGUCAAGCUCACAGUCGAGAUCUGACUCCCACAUAUCCGCCACCAGAGUGGGCGUUGGCUGAUUCGGAAUUAUCUGCACGUGACAGGCGCAAGCUUGCUGCGGUUGAGAAGAAGUUCGAACAGCUGGAGCAUGAGCCACGGAAGAAGAAGCGAGGCAGUGCAACCUCGGGCCAUUCUGGCCAGCCGACGCCGAUGCCUACAAACUCAAAGCAUCCAGGGCAACCCAAAUCCAAGUUGGAGCGGCGAUCGAAUUCACCGCCAUAUCGUCACAAGUCCACAUCGUCAGCUUCAGGCUCCAAGCAAUUUUCCGUGCGCUCGCGUUCGUCUUACGUGGAUGGAUCUCAGCAAACCCACACAAAGGUCGAUUUCUCCCCCCUUGGCCGACGACUGUUGAAACGAUGCCAUGAGGAUAGUGUUAAAUUUCAGUGGUCACCCAAGCCGCCAAGUACCACAGCGGAUGUUGCAGUUUCUCCUACUGUUACAGAGACAAACAACGUGCAUUCUGGUGCCGCGCAUUCACCGAAAGAUACCGAAGAUGUUGAAAUGACUGAUGCCGGAAGUGAUGUGACGCCACCCAAACCUCGACCCUCGGAACGACUCUCUUCUCCUGAUGUGAUGAGCAAGCCACCUCUACCUUCUCUUCUACCUUCUAUGGCUGCCCACAACACCCCUAUCCUCAAAAAGCGAAUAGGUGAUCUUCACGUUCAACUUCCUACCAAUAAUUUCGCUCUACCGGCAACAAACCCUCCUCCUCCAUCUGCCACUACUCACGCUUCCGUCCAAUCGCCGUCGGACUCGCAUACGCAACCACCUCAAACACCAGGCGGCAGUCUCACAGCUCCUAGUCCAGUAAAGAAAAAGAUGAGUCUGGGCGACUACCUAGGCCGUCGAGGAACCAUGACGACGCCUACAACUGAGAAGCCGCCACAACCUUCAGUCAACAACAGCACUCUCGCUCCUCCAGGCAAGCCCGCCCCUCACUUGCAGUCCACCACGCCGCCAUUGUCAACAGAUGGAGAACCACUGCAUCUGCCCAACAAUAACGAAGUGCGGAACGAGACCGACGUUACGAUGAAAGAUGUUUCCAAACCCCCAAUCUCUCCUCCUUAUGCUCCUCCUCCUUCGCUCGGAAUGCCGGACGACAAAGUCUCACCGACAACAUGA